AUGGUGCGUUUUAUGUUUUUAUAUAUAUUUUUUUUUUUGUUUUCUCUUUUUUCAAAUUUGUAAAGCGUUUUUAUAUAAUAUACGUAAAAGCAACAAAAAUUACAUGUAUGUAAAAUGUCACUAAAUUAUACCAAUAUAAUUUUAUAUAUUAUAUAUAUAUAUAUUGUUUUUAUGUGUAAGUUUUAAUCAUAAAGAGUUCCACUAAAACAAAAUAAAGUGUUGGAUAAUACAUUUUUAAAUGAAUAUACUCUAAUUUAUUUUUUACCUAUGAUCUAGCAUAUAAUAUAUAUAUACUUAUAAGUUUUAUUGUAUAUCAAAUCUAUAUACUUCACCAUUUUUUCAGUCAAUUUAUAAAUGUACAUAACCUCAUAGAGUCUAGACCAGGUGUCAUUAAAUGGUGGCCCUCGGACAAGAAAAAAGAAGUAAAAACUCAUAAUUUUUAUGUGUUCUAGAGUUUUAAUUUAUAAUAAUUUAUCUCUGGUUAUUAGCACGGACUAAGAUAUAUCUUAGUCCAUGGUUAUUACUUAUUACCAACAUUAGCAAUUUCAUAACCUGUGAUUACUUAUGUGGCUCUUGAAAAACAUUAAUUGGUUACCCCUGUUCUCAGCGACACAGUUCUAAUAGGGAUUUUUUUUUUUUUAGAUAAACUUCAUUUGGAGGGGAAUAUCUUUCAAACGUCUAUAAAUAGCUUAAAACAAGUCAAAAUAAUUUUAAAAUUAUAUCAUGUAUAGAAAAUAAUAAAACAAACAAUAAUUGGUGAAAAUUUAAAAUAUCUACGGUUUGAAUUGAACCAAAAAACUAAAAUAAAAUUGGUUAGGUCAAAAACUGGUUAACUUAUAGAGGUGAUUAAAUACUUUCCAGCACGUAAAUUUAUGUUUUGUUUAAAGUAGUAUAAACAAUUUAUUUACUUAUAAAAAAUAAAUUCAUAAAAAAAAUGUUGUCAUCAAAAUUUGUCGUUGCAGCUUUGAUCAACUAGUUAUAGUCUGUUCUAUAUAUAUAUAGUGUAGUAUAGAAGUCUGUGUAUACACGUUCAGUAUAAUCACGAGUCAGUAUAGGUAUUUUGUAUUAUUUCAACAUUUAAUGAUUUUAUUUACUUGAAAUUAAAUGUUUUUAAACAGUACAGAAUUUUACUACGGAACAUCCCACCUUCAAUUAUAUGUAGUUCCAUCUUUGACGGUUCCAUAAACUUUGUCGCUAGACGCUAACAUAAGUAUUAAAUAUUAAUAUUUAAAUAUAUACUCUAUUCCAAAUAAGUUUGGAAAAAUGUACGACGAAAACGCGUCCGGUUUCGCGCAGGUAUGUCACGUGAUCUACCGGCCGGCGUAUCGAAAGACGAGUAACGAAGCUGUAGCCAGUCACACUGUCACAGCCACGAUUUAAGCACCAUUAAAUAUAUACAGGUUAGAUAACGCCGUACUCAAUUUUACGCCCGUCCGCGAUCCAUCCGAAAGUGUUACGGUUCAUUAGUACAUAUUUAAACCACAUCUAUAAAGCGCUAGUAGUAUGUAGGGCUAUUUAUUGUAUUAAUAAUAUUUAGAUUUAUACAGGCAUCUAUAAUAGUAAUAUAAUAGGUAUAAUAAUUUAUGUUCAAUUUUUUUAUUUAAUGCCUCGAAGUUUUGUACUGUAAUAUUGUAGUAUGUAACGAGUGUAACAGUUGAAUAAUGCCUCGUACGUGUUGUGUGGUUGGGUGUCAUACUGGGUAUAAAUCCAUCGAUGAAAAAGUGUCAACUUUUUCGUUCCCAAAAAAUGAAGAGAUGCAGAAUAAAUGGAUCAAAGCAAUACCAAGGAAGGAUUUUAUCGUAUCUAAAAAUGCAGCUAUUUGUGCUAAGCAUUUUACUGCUGAUCAAAUUAUCACGAAAUGGACAUCAGGAGUAGGUGAACAAAAAGUUGUUAUAAACUUGAAGAUUCCAAAACUACAAAAAAAUGCAAUACCAUACUUGUUUCCUGGACCAAAAUAUUUUUCUAAUCCACAGAAAAAAAGGAAAUCCCCCACAAAAAGAGUUUCUUUGGGUAGUAAUUGUAGGAAUUCUAAAAGCAUAAAACUAACCGAAGUAAUUUUGAACUAUUACAUUAAAUAUUUUUACUUAUACAAUAUAUUUUAUAUAGGUACUCACGGAUGAAAAUUAUUUUAAUACCUAUUCAUAUUAUUAUGUUUACCUAUAACCAAGAUGAACUUUGUGUUUGGUUAUAAUAAUAUACCUAGUAUAUUUGUUUAUAUAGGUUGAUUCUAAACUUUCUGAAACUGUUAUAAAUAAGGAUGUAUUGAAUCAAGAAACUUCUGUAUUUCUUAAAUCUUCUAUCAUUCCUACUAUAGAAUACUUUGAAAACAUGUGUAGGGAAAUUGAGUUGACUAAACUUCCAGAUAAUUGGAAAUAUGAAAUCAACAGAGGAAAAAAUACAAGUAUUACAUUUUAUACUGUACAAUGUAAUGAAAAUGAAGUUGGAGUUUUUAUUGAAAAACAGAUAUCUCUUGAAACGGAUAUGAUUGUUAAAUGUAAAUUAUAUGAUGUAUUUGUUGACAUUCAAGAUAUAUGUCCAAAAUUAAAAGUGUUGACAUUUGAUGAACUGAUUUUAGUUAUAAAUGCUCUUAACACAAAACAAGUUUGUAAAGGUGGACCUUUAGUUAAAGAAUUUGAUGGAAUAACAGUUAAAUGUGCAGAUAUAGUUCAAAAUCAUUGGUGACAUAAAAAAUGCACAUUUUUAAUUGAUAUUUCAUUCAUUAAAACUAAAUGUAUGUUUUGCGAUAGAUUAAGAAUUGCAUUUCGUAUGAAAAAAAUCAAGAUUAUCUGCUGGUAAAUCUACUAGAUUAUUAUUAUCACCUUCAAAAAAAAAUCAGUUGGAUACACUUCCUAAUAAAAAAACAAUGUAUACAAACAAAUUAAGAGCAAGACAUAGAGUCAAACUUUUACAAAAUCAUUUAAAUGAAUUCAAGGAAAAACUAAAUAAAUUAUCAGAUACCUCAGUUGAAAAUAUUAUAAUUGAAAAUAAAUUGAAUGAUUCACAGUCAACAAUAAUAAGAGAAUUAGUUUCAGCCAGCAAAUAUAAAAACCCCAAAAACCGUCGCUACUCUGAAAAUUGGAUUUUGCUAUGCUUAUUGUUCAACAUACGAUCACCUGGAGCCUAUCGUUUUCUCAGAGAACUGGAGCUGAUGCCUUUACCUUGUACCUCUACAAUCCGUAAACAUUUAUCAAUUGUAAAAACUGACUGCGGAUUUGAUCUUCGAUUCUUUGAUCUACUCAAGAAAAGAAUGUUUCGUAAACCUCAAAAUCAACGGCAUGGAGUUCUUUUAUUUGAUGAAAUUCAAUUAAGAAAAGGUCUGUAUGUAAACACUCGUGAUUUAUCCUACUCGGGUCUUGAGGAUAUGGGUGGUGAAGCUGACGUUUCAGAAAAUAAAGCUGACCAUGGAUUGGUAUUAUUUUAUCAAGGUCUAGCAGAUAAUUUCUCUCGGCCAAUUGCUGUAUUUACUUCUUCUAAUUCGGUUAAAGGUAGUUUUUAUAUUAUUUUGAAAUUGUAUUAUUUUAAAAUUAAUUUAUUGCAAUAUUACUUUAAAUUAUGAUUUCAAAUAUAAAUUUUAUUAAUAUAUUGUCUAUUUAAACUUUAGAAAUUUUUCGGCAUGAUAAGGCAAGCAGCAGGUCCCAAUGACCACCCUACAGGCCCUACAUUUCUACAUCUAUACCGUAUAAUAUUAUCAAUUUAUUCUGUUUUGCGUCCUCCUAAAUCAGGAAAUUGCACAAUACUUGAUUGCCAGGCCCCAAAAAUUUCUUUAUCAGAGCUCAAAGACAUAUUUAAUUGUGAAUCAACAGUUAUACAGCAAAAAAUAAAUAUUUUAAAGUCUAAAGUUGAUUUGCUUGUUGAUGAAGGCUCUUGGGAAGCUGACGAAGUAUUUGAAGAUCAUAAUUACAACGAAGCUUCAGUUUUGAAUUGUAUUAUAUACUAUACCACAUGUUAUGUAUCAAAAAAAAUUGCCAAAAAUACAUCUUGCACGCUUUGCUUGAGCGCAUUAAUAUUUAAAGAUAAGUUUGUUGAUUUUCCAGAAGCUGAGCUAAUUAAUAUUAAAUCAAAAGGAGGAUUAACAC